AUGAAAGGGUAGCAGAGAACCCAUAGAGUAGACAGCCUUUCUCUGUAGCACACACAGACACACAGACCAGAACAGACUGGGGGAAAGAGAGAGGGAAACAGAGGCACUGCAAAAUCCAGACGCAUCAACAGCCACCCUAGCAGCUCAAACCACCACAGCAGAUGGGGCCCGGAUUGUUUUGGAACUUCUCUUCAAAGGCUAACUGCUCGGUGCCGCAGAGCCUGCUGCAGACCAUGUUGCUCUCCAGGAUGGCUGGGAUGAAGGAGCAGCAAUUUACUGAGGAGAAACCCCUACUGCAAGAACAGAGAGGACAAGACACUGAAAGAACAUGACAUUGAGACUCCUUAUGGGAUGCUUCAUGUGGUGAUCCGUGGUGCCCCCAAAGGAAACAAGCCUGCCAUCCUCACCUACCACGAUGUUGGGCUUAACCACAAGCUGUGCUUCAACAGCUUCUUCCACAAUGAGGACAUGCAGGAGAUCACCAAGCACUUUGUGGUGUGUCAUGUGGAUGCUCCUGGACAGCAGAUUGGAGCCUCUCAGAUGCCACAGGGGUACCAGUACCCCACCAUGGACCAGCUGGCAGGCAUGCUGCCCAGCGUAGUGCAGCACUUUGGAUUCAAGAGCAUUUUGGGCAUUGGAGUUGGAGCAGGCGCCUACAUCCUGGCCAAAUUUGCUAUGGCUGACUCUGGUGGACUCCCUCAGCUCACACAGCCUGGAAAACUGUCCGAAGCAUUCAAGUACUUCCUCCAGGGGAUGGGCUACAUUGCGUAUGUGAAGGAUCGGAGGUUGAGUGGAGGGCCAGUGCCCUCUGCCAGUAUGACCCGUCUGGCCCGCUCCCGGACGGCCUCCCUGACCAGUGGCAGCUCCAUUGAGAGCUCUCGUAUCCGGGGUUUUACACACUCUGACAGCAAUGAGGGCCAGGGGUGAAGUGGGAUAACUACAUCCGCAGGGGUGCUUCCUGGGACUGUCUGUAAGGGGCAGGGCUUUUUUGGAGCCCAUUGCUCCAAGCUCGGAAUGUAGGGCAACACCCACCCCCAACCACCUCCAACCAAAACCACAAGCUUCCCCGCCCCUCACAGACACAUCCAGUCGCCCCAAAAGGGCUAUCAGCUGAGGUCACUUUUCUGUUCAUAGUGCUGCCUAGCAACAGUGUACCAAUGUGCAAGGGACCCCAGGGGGGCUGCAGCGAAGAUUGUAGGAAAGAGCGAGGGAUGAGGAGAGAUUCUAUCUGGAUGAAUGAGGUAUUUUCAUUUGUGAAGAUGCAGAGUGUGAGAGCGAUGGGUCUACAAAAUGUUCUGAAAGGGGGAUAAUAGAGGGGUGAUAAAACAUGUCAAAUGGGCUUCGGUGAGAGGAUAUUGGGACUAGUCAGAACAACAAACACUCCUUUCUACUCCUCCAAUCUGUUUGCAUGCACCGGAGUGUGAUAUUCAACGUUGUUGCCAUGAAUUUUCUCUCUGUAAGACUACUGUUGCUGUCAGCUCUGUGCGGACCUGAUUUUGCCCCCUUCCUCAGUCUCAAACAUACUGCCUAGGGGGCCCUGAAUGUAAUUUGUCCCUUUGAAAUGCUGUACAGUAUAGUCAAAGUGCCCCCUUCCAUCCACCCACCGCCAUUACCCCCGAGGGCUUGUACCUGCUAUCCUGACCACCCUACACCCCAAAUCCUUCCACGUCUUCCUUGCGCUGUACAUACUCACUGUUUUUAGAGCAGGUUAACUGAAAGAGCACUCCAACACUAUUAUAUUGUGACACAUUCCGCAUUUUGGUUCCUCUUUACUUGAGUUCCUCUUUUUAUAUAACAAUAGAAUGGAGUUAUCUGUGGUAUUAUUGGUCCUCGUGUAUUAUCAUUACUACAGUAUUAUUGAUUGAUUUAUAUUGAGGAAAAAGUUGUUUUCUGACUGUUUGGUUUCACAGGAAUCUCCCAGCAUUGUUUCUGUUCACAGAGAUAGUAGGGUUGAAUCUUACCUGCUUCGUCAUAAAAUGUGAAAUGUAAAGUUGAAAUAUAUGUACUGUAAGUGGUCUUUGUCCAUGUAUUGAACAUGUAAUGAAAACAAAUAAAAACUGUCAAUAUAG